UGAAAUUCCUAGGAAGUAUACGAACUUGCCCUCACGAAUAAGCUGAUAACAAACGUCAAACAGGAUAAGUAGACUAUAAAAGGUUUGAUGGCCAGGAUAUUAUUCAGUCUACAUCCGAGUCGGAGCAACAUGAAGUUUUCAUUUGUCGCCGUAGUUCUGGCGCUGGCCUGUGUCAUAUCGGCCCAGUUGGCGGACGAUUGGAGUAGUAAUCGUCGUGCAGAAGUGGACUCCGACGACCUGGCUGUGAGGAUGGGGCGAAAUAUCCUUUUUCGACGGACAUCGACGCGAUUCGAAAAACUAGAACAAACCACAGAGACGUUAGCAAAGAACUUACAGGAGACUACUCUGCAGUUGAAUAACACUUCCCAACGCUUAGAAAAAACAUUUAUUAUCCUAGCUGAAACUAUGACGGAAGUUGUGAAUUUAAAGACCAGUGUAAAAGAAACUUCUGAAGGUUUAACGGAUAUUAAACAAGAUUUAGUGAGCGCCAGGACGGAUUACUCAAAACAAUUAGACGAUAUUGAGGUUAUUAAGCAAGAACUGGUCAGCACCAAGGAGGAAUUCACUAAACAAUUUGAAGACAUAACCACAAUCAAGCAAGAUCUCAUCAACACCAAAAAGCAGUUUGAAGAUUUGACAGCGACUCAACAGGAUUUAGUCGGCGCCAUGAAGGCGGAUUACGCAAAACAAAUGGAUGAAUGGGCAGCAAUGAAGCAGGACUUGGUGAACGCAAAAUCGGAUUACGCAAAACAAUUAGAGGAUUUGGCAGUAACUCGACAACAACUGGCGAGUACCAAAUCGGAUUAUGCCAAAGAAUUUGACGAUAUGGCGGCAAUCAAAAAGAAUUUGCUGAGCACCAAGACCGAUUAUGAAAAGCAAUUGAAUGAUAUUUCAGUAAUCAAGCAAGGCGUAGUGAAUGCCACUCGACAAUUGGAUGCCACCCAACAAGAUUUGACAGCCGCUAAGAUGGAAUACAAAAAACAGUUUGAUGAAAUUUCAGUGAUUAAGCAAGAGUUGAUAAGCACCAAAUCGGAUUUCAUCAAACAACUGGAUGAUGUGACACUAAUUAGGCAAGAUUUGUUGAGUGCUAAAGCUGAUUAUGCUAAACAAUUAACCGAUUAUUCAGCCAUUAAGCAAGAUUUAAAGAGUACCAAAUUGGACUAUACGAAACAGUUGGAAGACAUUUCAGUAAUCAAGGAGGAUUUGAUGAACGUCACAAAACAAUUAGAUGCAACGCAGAAAGAUUUGAUAACCGCUAGAGUAGGUUAUAAAAAGGAAUCCGAUGCAAUUUCAGCGAUCAAAAGAGAAAUGAUGAGCACAAAAACCAAUUACACGAAUCAAUUGCACGGUUUGGAAAUACUCAAACAAGAUUUGAUAAGCGGAACUAAACAUCUGGGUGAAACCCUUGGGCAUUUAGAAAAGGCCAAGAAGGGAUAUGACGACCAAUUGAAUGGUUUUGCAGAAAUAAAACUUGAUUUGUUGAGCGCAAAAUCAAACUUUUCAAAAGAGUGGGACGCAACUCAACAUCAUUUACAGAGAGCUAUUGCGAAUUACACCAAACAACAGGAUGAUUUGGCAGUAAUUAAGCGAGAUUUGAUGAGCGCCACGAAACAACUGGAUGCAAUUCAAAAAAGUUUAACGAGCGCAAAAGCGGAUUACACGAAGCAAUCGGAGGAUAUGGCGAUAAUUAAGCAGGGACUGGUGAUCGCAAAAGUGGAUUACUCAACUAAAUUGAGUGACAUGACAGCAAUAAAGACUGAUUUGAUAAACGCAACAAAACGACUGGACGCAACGCAAGAAGCUUAUGUGAACGCUCAAUUGGCGUACGCAAAACAAUCGGAGGUUAUGGCGGCGAUAAAGCAAGAUUGGAUGAAAACUAAAUCGGAUUAUGCAAAACAGCUGACAGAUUUGACAAUAAUCAAGCAAAGUGCGAUGAAUACUACGAAGGAAUUAGAUGCUACUUGGAAGGAUUUAGUGGGCGCUAAAGCAGAAUAUUUAAAACAACUGGAUGCGAUAAAUGUUUUCAUAGAUUUUGCAGUUCUCAAGCAAGAUUUGACAAGCACAAAAGCAGAUUACGCAAGACAGUUGGACGAUUUGGCUGUAGCUCAUCAAGAAUUAGUGGACGCCAUGAAAGCGGAUUACACAAAACAAUUGGACGAUAUGGCGGCAACUCAGCAAGACUUGGUGAGCGCUAUGAAAGCGGAUUAUACAAAAACAUUUGAUGAUUUGGCAGUAGCUAAACAAUCUUUUGUGAACGAAAUGAAAUCGGAUUACACAAAACAAUUUGACGAUCUGGCAGUAAUCAGACAAGAUUGGGUGAACGCGACAAAAAAAUUGGAUGAUGUAGCGGUACUUAAGCAAGAUUUCGUGAUUACGAAGGCAGAAUUCACGAAACAGCUGGCAGGUUUGGCAGCUACCAAUGAAGGAUAUUGCAAAAUUGUGUGUAAUUCUUCGAAUUGAAAAGUCAACAACAGAAGCCAAAAUCGUCAAGGUCUGAGGAACAAAUUUUCGACGGCCACCUCAGGAUUCUAGUACAGUGCUUGCUAUUACCAUUUUAACAAGUCGUUGUAUAAAAAAAAAAAGUUCGGUCACGCUAAAUUGCUGUGAGAUGCUAAUCUAAAUAGUUUUGAAUGACUCUGGGCUCUAGCUUCCAUAAAAAUUUUAAUAAUUGUCGAUUAAGUUAAGUAACUAUCACUAGCUCCAGUUUGACUGAGGAAAGAAUUUACAAGAUAUUUCAAGCUUCACAUCACGCAUAGACAACAUAUGUGACAAAUUUAAGUAGGUAGCAUGUAGUAAAUCAAUUUCCACUUACUCAGACAUGUGGUUCCAAACUUUUGGAUAGUUGAGACGAUGAGUUCCUCCUACAUUAUUAACUUUCACUGUCAACUGCUGCUGCUACUACAGAUGGGAGUCUUAGCCCUUGUUACAUUUCUUCCUGCAUAUUUAAAUAAAUUUGUACCAUGGGCAAAAACCAGUGUUCAAU